UCAUAUGAAAAGUAAAGAUUAAGUGCUCAAAUAAGUAUAUGAAAGUAUUAAAUAAUUAUAUCUAGAUGAUAAUAAAAUAUUUGGUAAAAAGAAUAAGCCAAGAAAUGAAGAACCAAAUAUGUUUGAUAUUAUGAAAUGGCCUUUAUAAUAAGAUGAACCUUGGGAUUUUAAAAAGAAAAUUUAAGUUGAAAAAGAACCAGAAACUAAAAAAGUUACAACAAGAAUUAAUCAUGAAAAUUAACAUUGGCAAACUGAAAAUAAAGAUAAUUUUAGAAAAAUUGAAAAAUUAAAAGUUGAUGAUUCUUAAAUUUAUGUUUAAAGUAAGUAAUAUUUUAACAAAAUUUAUAGAAUUAGAUGACAAAACAAUCAAAAAUAUUGCUAAAUCUUGUGAAUGUUAACAUAUAAAAUCAUAAUAAACAAAUUAACCUUAAUAAUAUUAAUAAUAAGAAGAUUUAGAUAAUUAAUAUAAAUUGCCUUUAAAAUGGAAUCCAAAAUAAUAAUCUGCAUAUAGAGAUAACUAUUAAGUCAAAGAUAUUAAAGAUUAAAAUGAACUUAUGUAUUAAUUAGAAGAAAACAAUUAAAAUUUUAAAGGAUAAUACAAAGUAUCACAUCCAUAAAGUGGAUUCUAUUAUGAGGAAACUAAAAAAGAAGAAGAUGAUUAAAUAAGUUCUGAUGAAGAAGAAGAAGAUAUUAAUGAUUAAUAGAAUGAUGAUUAAAAUAAAAAAAUGACAACUAAAUUUAUUAAAAAAGCAAAGACUUUAGAUCCAAAUAAUCCAGAAGAUGCUGAAAAAUUAAAAAGAAGAAAGGAAAGAAUAAAGAAAUUUUAAGGUGAAACUCGUUGGAUAGCUGAUUCAGCAUUUACAACAUAUUUUGGUAAACCUGCAUGGGGUCCUUAUGGAUAUAAUAAUGUCAAUCCUGCAGUUGGUGGAAUAAUAUAUGGUUAACAUCUCUUAUCACAUAAUGUUUAACCACAUAGAAAUAAGAAUGACCCAUUUUACAUUUAGACUUAUUAGAAUGCAUUAAGAAAAGGAGCUGCUAUUGCUAAUGUAGAACCAGAACCACCUAGAAAUUGUAGAGAAGAGGAUAGAUUAAAUCCAGAAUAAGUAGAAGCCUUAAAAUCAAGGAAUCCUUUGACUCCAUAACCUUAUUAAGAAUUAAAGAAAUAAUUAGAUUCAAAAGGUAAAUAAGUAAUACCUGAAUUCAGCAUAAAGAAACCUGAUUUGAGUAAUACUCUACGAUUUGCUUCUGAAGCAGGUAGUGUAUAAGGUGAAUCACAUCUGUAAGAGAAUUAGAAAAAUCAAUAGAAAAUAAAGAGACCAUAAUCAGCUUUGGAUAAUAGAACAUAGAAGUCAUUAAAUGAGAAUAAGUCAAAAAUAAGUAAUGAUUAGAAAACAAAGGAUUCAAAAAAAAAAAUAGAUAAAAAGGUAUAAAUCUAAUCAGAGUCAAAUUUAAAAAUUGAUGAUCAUUUAGCUAUCCCUGAUAAGGCAAGUAAUAAGUUUAUUGAAGAAAUGAAGUAGAAAAAAGAAAAAGCAAAUCGAUUAACUUGCAAAGUUAAUGAAAUAAAUCCUUCCUUAUUGAAACAAUCACCUAAAUAAGAGUAGAAGAAUUAAAUUACUGCUGAACUAUAAUAAGUGAAAUAAUUUGAUGAUAAGUAUAAUAGAUUAUAAUCAAUAGAAAUCCACCUCCAAAUUAUUUAUAAUAAUUAGAUCCAAUAGAAUUGGAUCCUAAAAACUAUAAGGGAGUUCCAUCUGAUUGGUUACAUAGAAUUCCAUUUGCAGGUAAGAAAUAAGAGAUCAUAAAGAAUGGAUAAUAAACAAAAGAAUGUUUUGACUACGGUUUUUGA